CACUAGUUUCAGUCUUCACGCGCUCUAGUGGAGUCCUGUUCGCUGCCUGACAGCGGGCUCUUCUUCACCGUUUCCCAGCUUCACGCGUUUCUUUGGUAGAGAUGUGGUUUAUUUAGCGCACUGAUCAGUAAAACACGUUAGUUUUCGCGAUGGGCGGGAAGAAGAAGAAGUCUGCAGCCUCAGCUCUGAACACAAACAGCGCAGAAACUGAACCCGGCGCCAAAAAACAGCCACAGAGAACAAAUACUGACAAAGAAAACAAACCCAGAGCUCCCAAAACAUAUAGUCUUAACAGUAACGCCCAGACUGACUCUGGCAGUGUGUCUGAUAAAUCAGUACUGAAGGUGGUUAUCCGACCAGAACUGGAGAAGAAGGUGAUCAAGUUAAUUAAUGAAUACAGACAAGAACAUGCAGACAAAGGACCGAUAUCUGGGAGACUCACCUCCAAGAAGUUGCUGGAUUUAUACACAGCGCUGCAGACGUUCCAGUUUAAGACGGAGCACAUCGAGGAGGCCAUGAAGAGCAGCACCCUGUACGGAGGAGACCUGCUCUCGGCGCUCGACUGGCUCUGUCUCAACCUCGGAGACGAUGAGCUUCCGGAGGGAUUCAGCCAAAAGAUGCAGGAGGAGAAACAGAAGAGUCGGCCGAAGUUCCAGCCUCCUAAAGAAGACGAGAAACAGACGCUGAGCGAGAAAGAAGCGCCGGAACAGGAAGAGAAACCGAAGGCUAAGACUUCUGUAAAAGAGAGCGGAGACGGCGUGAAGGAGUGGAUCCUGCGCUACGCCGAACACGCUGAAGAUCAGAGCGAGGAAGAAGAAGAAAAUGAAGACCAGCACGCGAGUGCGUCUAACCCAGAGCCGGACCGGGCGUUCGAUCCUAACGAGCGGUACCUGCUGCUGAGCGCUCAGAUGAGCGACGCCAAGGACGCGGCGGCCGAGUCUAAAGCCAAGAGAGACCGAGCUGGACAGAGGACGGCGCAGGACCGCAUCCGGGUCGUCCAGCAAGAAAUGAAGUCUUUGGAGAGUCAUCCGAUGUUUAACCCGGCUCUUAAAGUCAAAGACGCUCCUAAAGAGGACAGGAAGCCGGUGGCUGUCCCCGACGGGAAAGACGAGCUCGACUUCAAGCUCUUUGAACAAACACAGACACCUCCAGCACAAAAAGCUGAGAAGCAGAAGAAAGAGCCCAAAGACAUCCGUGACUUUGACUACACAUCGAGGAGCUGGACGGGCAAGUCUCCCAAACAGUUUCUGAUUGAUUGGUGCAGGAAGAACCUCCCGAAGAGUCCUCCUCCCUCCUUCCAGAAAGCUGCAGUCGGCAGAUACUGGAAAUGCAAAGUUCGUAUCCAGAGGCCUAAUGACGUUCUGGAGGUUUGCCCCACUAUCCUGACCGAAGACGGCAUGCAGGCCCAGCACUUAGGAGCCACGCUGGCUCUGUACAACCUGGUCAAAGGACAGUCUGUGCAUCAGCUCCUGCCGCCCACCUACCGUGACGUGUGGCUCGAGUGGAGAGACGGCGAGCAAAAAGAAGAGGAGCAAACCCGCUCCGCCAUCAACAAACCCCGGGACCAGUUCAUCGCCCGCCUGCUGAGUUGUCUCAAACAGCAGCAGAGCCUCCGCCCGCAGGCCGAGCCGCAGGACCAGCUCCCCGACGCCGAGCCCGAGGACUCCUGGGAGAGCCUGGACACGCAGGAGGAGCCGGAGCCCCAGCGCGGAGCAGGCCUGGAGGCGCAGGAGGCCGCCCGGAAGCUGCUGCUCGCGCUGAGGACCUCGGCUCUGGCCCGCAGGCUGCUGACUGACCGAGAGCGGCUGCCCGUCUUCCAGCUCCGCCCGCAGCUGAUGGAGGCCCUGCGCCGCCACAGAGUUCUGGUGAUCGCCGGAGAGACCGGCAGCGGGAAGAGCACGCAGAUCCCUCAGUUCAUCCUGGAGCAGCUCCUGGCCGGCGGAGAGCCCUGCAGCGUGCUGGUCACUCAGCCCAGGAGGAUCUCAGCCGUGAGUCUGGCCUGCAGGGUGUCGCAGGAGCUGGGGAGCGAGGACGGCCCGGGAGCCAAGGUGAGACCGAACACUUACAGAAAACCAGAGAGACGCAAGACGCUUGCCCAAGACAUAUUAC